GCGGUGCGCUUCUUCCGAGUUGGACAUUUCCUGGUUUACCAAAAACAAGGAGACGGGGGGGUCGAUGAGUAGUCAAUUGAACCGGUGAAGUGACGCCCGUGCCGGCGGUGAGGCAGGGGGCCAGAGAGAGAGAGAGGGAGGGUGGGGUGAGGAGGGGGAGGAAAUGCAGGACGUCCACGGAAAAGCAGCGCUCGGGAACCCCGAUGCAGCGACAGCGACCCCAGCGCAGAAUUCACACCACUGGAACGGGCACACUGUCACUCAAAAUGGCAGCAAUUCCCCUGCUACGCCUUCGCCCCAGUGGGACUCCAGAGCCCCGAGUCCUGCUCCAGCUGCCGUCAUCCCCAGGGAGCAGUGGGGAGGGAAGUACGAGUUCCUGCUCUCCUGCAUGGGAUACUGCGUGGGCCUGGCCAACGUGUGGCGGUUCCCGUACCUUUGUUAUCGCAACGGAGGAGGUGUUUUUCUUAUCCCCUACUUCAUUAUGCUGUUUGUCACGGGUGUUCCCCUGUUCCUCAUGGAGCUGAGUUUAGGCCAGUACGGAGCAGCCGGCCCCAUCACGGUGUGGAAAUGCUGCCCUCUGCUCAAAGGUAUCGGCAUUGGGAUGCUCUGUGUGUCCACCCUGGUGUGUCUAUACUAUAACGUCAUUAUAGCGUGGACGUUUUACUACCUGGGCAGCUCGUUCCAGAGCCCUCUGCCCUGGUCCUGUGAUGCUCCGGCCAACGUGGGUCUCUGUGGAAACGGCACCGCUCGUAAUAGCUCCACUGGUGAAGGCCUCAGUCCCACAGAAAAAUUCUGGAAUGAGCGAGUGCUGGGUGUAGCAUACAGUGAGGGCCUCCACGACCCGGGCCCCGUCCGGUGGCCCCUGGCUCUGUGCCUCCUGGCCGCCUGGAUCAUCAUCUUCCUGUGUAUACUCAAGGGCAUCCGCAGCUCUGGCAAGGUUGUUUACGUGACGGCCACCUUCCCGUACUUGGUGCUCAUUGUUUUGAUCAUCAGAGGUGCUACACUGGAGGGCUCCCUCCAGGGCAUCGCCUUCUACCUCACACCCGACUGGAGCCGAUUAGCCAAUGCACAGGUGUGGAAUGACGCGGCAUCACAGGUAUUUUACUCCUUAGGUAUCGGCGUCGGAGGGCUGCUUUCUAUGGCAUCUUACAACAAGUUUGACAACAAUGUCAUCAGAGACACUUUGAUUAUCACCGGAGGAAACUGCUGCACUAGUUUCUUUGCAGGAUUUGCUAUAUUCUCAAUCCUGGGUCACAUGGCGUGGAAGAAGGGGGUGCCUGUCGGGGAGGUGGCAGAUUCAGGUCCGGGGUUGGCCUUCGUUGCCUACCCAGAGGCCCUUGCUCUGCUGCCAGGAUCUGCAUUCUGGUCCAUUUUGUUCUUCCUCAUGCUCUUUAUGCUGGGGAUCGACACACUAUUCGGCAACAUGGAGGGCAUCACUGCGGCCGUGCUGGAUGAGUUUCCGCACCUCAGAACCAACACGCUGCACAAGUCUCUCUUCCUGGGCGCUCUGUGUUUCAGCUUCUACUUAAUGGGUCUCCUGUUGGUGACUAAUGGAGGGAUUUAUUGGUUCACUCUCAUUGACUCCUUCAGCACUAGUUUCGGCCUCAUCAUCAUCACCCUCUUCAUGUGCAUUGGCAUCUCCUUCUUCUACGGAGUCAAUCAGUUUUGUCAGGACAUUAUUGACAUGGUCUGCCCCUGCCCUGCCUGGUGCCUCAAAGUGCUGGUUUACUUCAAAGCAUGCUGGGUUUUCUUCACUCCGUUUCUCCUGCUGGUGAGUUAGUAGAUCCUAGAACAAUGUGACGUGGUUAUCCGUUGUCAGUAUCACAUGCUUUUCAGAAUUUUUCCAAUAAACUUCCAUGAAUUCAGUUGCCACAUUGUGUUUUCUAAAAUACACAAAAUGAAAAGUACUGAAGAAGCAUUUGUAACCAUAUCAAGCUCAUAUUCUAAUGACAGUAUGGCAGGUUUGCAACAGCUGCACAAACCACCUGUAUUUUUUCUCUUACUGCAGACGCCGGUUUACCAUUUACAGCAAUGCAACCUUUAAAUGUACCAUAUUGUUUCUCUUACCGUAAAAUAUCCCAUUAAAUAACUAAAGAGUUUCUAUUAAACUAAGUGAGAACAAAAAUGAUAACUCAUUACCAAAUGCUGUGCAAUAUUCCAACGGAAGAAAACUUAACAUCACUGCUGUGAACGAAACUAACUG